CUCACGCUCAUUGCCAUGGGCUGGUGUGAUUGGGCGAGGCGAACGAUAAUAAUUGAGAGAGAGAUAUACAGAACUAAUUAUCGGGAGGCCUGGAUCAUGGCUGUAGAAGGAUCAGCAUCAACUAAUGGAAAAGUCAUAUUUGUUACUGGAGGGUACGAUCAUACCAUAAAAAUAUGGCAAGCUCACACGGGAGUUUGUCAACGCACCCUUCAACAUCCUGUUUCGCAAAUUAACGCUCUCGAUAUAACCCCUGACAAGAACGUCAUAGCAGCAGCAGGGUAUCAAAACAUUUUUAUGCACGAUUUAGCGUCAAGUAAUCCAAACACCGUUCUAAAUUAUGACGGAGCUUCCAAGAACGUAACCAGUCUCGGUUUUCAGGAAGAAGGUAAAUGGAUGUACACAGGAAGUGAAGACUGCUCAGCCAGAAUCUGGGAUCUCAGGUCAAGCACUUUUCACGUGCAACGAAUAUUUCAAGUUUCUGCUCCAGUGAAUUGUGUUUGCCUUCAUCCAAAUCAGGCAGAACUCAUUGUUGGAGAUCAAAGUGGAAUAAUACAUUUGUGGGAUCUUCGUUCAGAUCAUAAUGAGCAAUUGAUACCUGAAGCAGAAGCAUCCAUUCAAGAUAUAGCUAUUGACCCUGAUGGUACUUACAUGGCAGCAGUCAAUAACAAGGGCCACUGUUACGUAUGGGCAUUAACCGGAGGAAUCGGCGAAGAACCCACUAGGCUCAAUCCUCGUCACAAACUUUCGGCGCAUAAACGUUAUGCUCUCCGUUGCAAAUUCAGUCCAGAUUCCACACUUCUGACAACUACAUCAGCCGACCAAACCGCCAGAGUGUGGAAAACUACCGAUUUCUCAGAGAUGCAAGUGCUAAAGCACGAGGCCAAACGCUGGGUGUGGGAUGCUGCUUUCAGCGCUGAUUCUCAAUAUAUAUUCACGGCAUCGUCGGACGGUGUCGCCAGGUUAUGGAAUGUAUCGACAGGUAUCGUUGAAAGGGAAUAUCAGGGACAUCAGAAAGCAGUCACGGCUCUGGCUUUUCGAGACCAAAUUUUACCUUCUUCAUGAACGAGUUGAUUUGGGUUCAACUUAAAUCAACGAACAUAACCACCGGCACAUUCGGUUGAUCGGUCAUUGUACUUUAUUAUCAUUUCAUAAUUAAGCUAUUUACAUGAACGCUCGAGCGGGUAAUACUUUGAACAGGCUGGAUCUCAUGUACAUAAUGUAUUCAUUCCGCUAAUCGUAAUAACGAUAAUAACAAUAAUUAUUUUAAGAAUCA